AUAUAAGUAUAUGUGUGUAGACUAAUUAAGAUUCAAGCAGAACCAACAAAACUAUAAGUAGAGGGAAAAGAAAAAAGAUUAAAAACAACUACAACAAAAAGAGUGUUGAAAUGGCUGAGGAAAAAGGGAGGGUUUGUGUAACUGGAGGGACAGGUUUUCUUGGUUCAUGGAUUAUCAAAAGACUACUUGAAGAUGGUUACUCUGUUAAUACCACUAUUAGAGCUGAUCCAGAGCGCAAAAAAGAUGUGAGUUUCCUCACAAAUCUUCAAGGUGCAUCCGAAAAGUUAAAAAUCUUCAAUGCUGAUCUUAGUAUUCCAGAAAGUUUCAAUGCAGCAAUUGAAGGGUGUAUAGGAAUAUUUCACACUGCUACUCCAAUUGAUUUAGAAAUGAACGAAUCAGAAGAAAUAGUGACAAAAAGAAGCAUUGAUGGAGCAUUGGGAAUAUUAAAAGCAUGCAUAAAUUCAAAGACAGUGAAGAGAGUUAUUUACACUUCAAGUGCUUCAGCUGUAUAUUGGCAAGAUAAAGAUGAAGAUGUAAUGGAUGAGAAUUAUUGGAGUGAUGAAAAUCUUCUUAGAGAUUUGAAGCCAUUUGCUUGGUCAUAUUCAAUUUCUAAAACAAUGGCUGAGAAAGCUGUUUUAGAAUUUGGACAACAACAUGGGUUAGAUGUUGUGACUAUAAUACCAACUUUUAUUCUUGGACCCUUCAUUUGUCCUAAGCUUCCUGGCUCAAUCUAUACCUCUUUGUCUUUGUUAUUUGGGGACAAGAAUCCAUUUGGCUUCUCUCGUCUACAUAUGGUGCAUGUUGAUGACGUGGCACGAGCACAUAUAUUUCUACUCGAGCAUCCUAAUCCAAAAGGGAGAUAUAAUUGUUCACCAUUUAUUGCAACUAUUGAUGAAAUAGCUCAAUUUAUUUCGUCCAAAUACCCUGAAUUUCAUAUACCAACACUAGAUGAGCUUAAGGAAAUUAAAGGCGACAAGCUUCCACAUUUAACCUCAAAAAAACUCAUGGAUGCUGGAUUCGAGUUUAAGCAUAGUCUUGAGGACAUGUUUGACGAUACAAUUCAGUGUUGCAAGAUAAAUGGUUAUUUGAGUGUAUGAAGUUACCAAAGAAAAUGAGAAAUAGUAGUAACUUAUAUGUCAAGUUUAGUAACUAUAUAUACACACCAAUGUUAUAUCGGUGGAUAAUGGUUGUGUUAUUUCACAAUGUAAUAUUAUUAUAUCAUAAGGAUUUAUGUGAGGAUACUAAAUGCUUUGUGGAAUCAUUUUUUUUUCUUCCAUUUUCCA